AUGAUGAUCCAGCUUGUAGCUGCGGCGCCGAACUGGACUCGCGCACUUGCUCGUGCUGGGGUUGCACGACAGAGGCCGUACGAUCCCUUCUGCCAGGAACGUGCGCUGCGCGAAGGUCCUGGAGAGUUGCUUGGUGAAGUGCUGAUGAAUAUGCUGGAAGAUGAGGAGCCGGCAAUGUCCAACAGGGCCAGUGUUGAUUUCUGGGCACGGGUCACGGAGCACCGUCGCGAGCUGAUGCGCUACAUUGUUGAGAAGCGCACGGGCGGCGAGCUUCUGCUGUGGGCUAAGGACGAUGCUCCAUUGAGUGACGAUCCCAUCGUCGGAGCUAUGAACGCUGCUCUGUGGGCGAAUAGUAAAGUCGAUCCUCAAAGCCUGCCAAUAUGGGUCUCUGUGUGGUGGCAAGAUUAG